AUGGAGAAAAUACCAAAUUUUUUCUGGAUGAAAACAAAAAACUUAAGUUGGAAUGUGAAUGGGUUGAAAGGCAACAGGAAAUGGGAUAUCAUCAAAUCAUUAAUAAGAGAUUGGAAGCCGGAUAUUCUUUGUUUGCAAGAAACAAAGAUUGAAGAUUGGAAUGGAAUUCUAGCAAGGCAAUUUUGGGGCAACAGAUGGGUUGAAUGGGCAGAACUCAAAGCCAGUGACACUAGGGGAGGGAUAGUUACGAUGUGGGACAAAAGACAUUGGAACUGCAUUGAAAUCCAACAUGGAAUUCACUCUAUUUCAGGGGUGUAUGGUCCACACACAAACUUGGAAAGGGAAGAAAUAUGGCAUGAAUUGGGAGCUGUUAGAGGAUUAUGGGAUGAACAAUGGGUGAUUGGAGGUGAUUUCAGCGUUUGUAGAUUUGAAAGUGAAAGGCACAAUUAUGUAAGAAGAUCACGAGCCAUGAGGGGAUUCACUGAUGUCAUCCAGGAUCUAUGCUUAGUAGAUUUACCAUUACAGGGAGCUUACUUCACCUGGUCUAGAGGGGAGAUUAAGCAAAUUGCUCUUCCUAAAGUUAUUUCAGAUCACAACCCUAUCAUGAUGGAGAGUGGGGAUUGGGACUCUAACCCAUCCUACUUUAAAUUUGAAAACAUGUGGCUGAAUACAGAAGGUUUUCUAGAAAAGAUCAAGAUAUGGUGGCAGAGUUAUGAUGUCAAUGGCACUCCUGACUUUAUUUUGGUGCAAAAAUUGAAGCUCCUUAAGAAAGACCUUACUAUCUGGAAUAGAGAAGAAUUUGGCAACAUUGCAGUGAAAAGGGGAAUAACAUUAGAGGAGCUUUCUCUUUUGUAA